AAAAGGAGCUACAGUUAUGGCCGCGUCAGAUGAUUAGCUAAGAGAAGAAAAAGAAAAACAGUAAUUUUAGUGGAACUACGCGUUGUUUUUUGUCGUAAUGCAUCUUGUUGUUUUGUUUACACUUUGAAGUUUCUCCAGUAUCGCCGAUAAUGAUAAAAAUGAAGCUACCGAUGAAAACUGGCGACGAGACGGCGGAGGACGGCUCUUUGGAUCCAUCCGAGAGGCUCCAGGUCCCCAGGGCGGCUUCCCCCCCCUCCGUCUAUCAAAGGCUCCGGGAGCCGCCGCCCCGGGACCCCGCCUCGAGUCUGGACAGGGAGACCGUGUUCGAGUGGUUCGGACACCACCUGAACCCCGCCAAGCGGGUGGAGUUCAUGUGCGGGCUGCUGCAUAUGUGCCAGCCGCUGGAGCUCCGCUUCCUGGGAUCAUACCUGGAGGACCUGGCCAGGAAGGACUACCAUGUUUUACGGGACUUUGAGGGCAGGGCGAACAACCCGAGCGAUUUGGGGGUUCUAACGGACGUGACCGACCCGGUGGUCCGGUCCAAACUGAUCGUGUGUCUGUCCCUCCUCGGUUCUGACAGGAGGGAAUGUGCUGGAAUACUGUCCAGGAUCCUCAGCAGCGUGGACUUGUCCUUCAGGAGCUUCGGCUACCCCCUGUCCUCCUUCAGGGACCCGCAGCAUCACCUCCACCCGUUCUACCCGCCCUGUCAGGACGGGUCCGUGUGUGAGCAGAACCGGGUCGAACCGGCCGGGGGGGCUCUGGAGCAGCUGGCGCUGCUCUACACGCUGGCCUCCCUGCACCCAGCCUUCCACUUCCACCAGCGGGAGGUGAUCCGAGCUCAGCUGGACAAGAUCGAGCUGUGCUUGGAGGAGGAGAGGCGGCAGCAGCAGCUGAGGAUGACCGCCCAGCCUACGGAGCCGAUGGCUCAGCAGGUGGACUACCUGACCCCCUCGGUGCAGGACCUUGGAGAGCUCCCGGCCUCCCAUCCUCCCUGCCAGAGCCGCCGCUGCAGUCGCUGGGCGGCGCAAAGAGAAGCCGUGCAUAUCGAGGGGAUCGUGCUCAGAGGGAUCUCUAGGACAGGAGCGGAGAAGGAAUACAGCUUUGAUGUCAAGUGGUCGGACUCUUCCUCCAGCAGCGUGACCAAAACCCAUCAUGAACUGGAGAACUUCCUCCUUAAGCUUCCAAAGGAUCAGUGCACAGAGUCCUUUGAGAAAAGCAUUCUGCGACUUCUGAGCCAGGGCGACCAGUAUGAGAGCAGGGAGGUGGAGAAGAACCUCAGGGAAAGGUUUCUUUCUGCUCCGCCUCUUUUCAGACAGACCAGGAAGGUCUGCAGCUUCUUCAACUGUGACUCCGCCCACUCCUCCAGACCCGCUUGCAGCAGAUGCAACUUGCAGCCUGGAAAGGCCUACCAGCCAGACUGCUCUGACGCCUCCAGUCAGGAAGAAGAGGGGUACGUUCAAGGGCACAAGAAGAAACACGCAUCUAAGAGUCCAAGUCAGCUGUCGUCGUGCACAAGAAGCCCCCAGGGGGACGGCUGGAGGGGAGGCCAUGCAGCAGAGCUGAACGGACCCUCUGACAGAAGAAAGAAGGGCGGCCCACCGAGGAAGAGCCAGGAAGCAGAGCAGCAGCUGGAUCCAGACAGGAGAAACCAGCCCACCCCGAAAACCAAGAGCAGGUUUUUACCCGUAGAGAGGGACAAGGGGACAAUAAAGGGUGACGGAGCUGCCUUCGUGACAAACGGCGGCUUUCUUCCAGCCCUGUCACCUCAGAGGAAAGCUGGAGCUUCACAUCCCGACGUGUUCGGGGAAACCUCGUCUGAAAGCUGCAGCUCUCCUUCCAGCCCUCAGUACCGAAGACGCCAGAGUCUGGAAAGCGACGACGACAACAACAAAGACACAGACAGCCACUCUGAUGAUGGCGGUAAAGGCGCGGCUCCUGAUCUGUUCUACACGCGGCAGAGCGAUGCGGUCGCCAUGGGAGAUGUCCCCUCGGUGCUUCCUAUGUCUUCCAGCAGCCACAAGCCUCGGGUGGAGCCCCCCCUCCCGGAAGCCGGCGCAGAGUUCCCCCCGCUGCCCUACAUGCCCUCUCUGGGCUGCCUGCUCCCGAACGGGGCCGCCGAUCCUGACGGGAAGCCGCUGAUGAUGCCGAUGGCCGUCCAGGGCCCCGGGAUGGUGGGGGACGCAGAGAAGAGGGAGGUGCUGACGACGUUCGGGGCCCCGCCUCUGGCCCUCCAGCCGCUGGUCCAGAGGUUUAGGACGGCGCUGUCCCAUAACCAGGGCGCUGCAGACCCCGGUGCUGAUUCUGCCGCCAUCUCACACCAGGCCCCUCUAAGAGCUCUGGGCUCCAUGUCCCCGGGGCCCUCCCCUUACUCUUCCCCCCCGCUGCCCCCACAGGAUGCAGGCCUGCCUCACAUAGAGGCCCCCCACUCCAAGCUGCACGCCCUCAGCUUACCAUCUCCCUACGCCCUGGCCCCUGUUCCCCCCUCUGUCCUGCCCCCUCUGGGGGCCCCUGUGGCCCCUGUAGUUGCUCCAUCUCCUGCACCAACAGCUGUCCCCUCCAACUCCCCCGUGCCUCCCCCAAGCCUCAGCCCGGCGCUCAGCUACAGCGUGACGCAGACGGACUCGCCGUCGUACAGCAGCCCCAGUGCUUCCUGUGGAAGUGCUUCUGUUGCCCCUGGCAACCCAAACCCCGUUCAGCAAACCCAGCAGCAGCAGAUGCCCCCUCAGCAGCAAACGCCGCCGCCCGUGGGAUGUGGGACCUGUGGUUGCCAUAACAACUGCGGCAGCCGCGUAGGAAGCUCCUCCGCCUGUCAGCCCACCUUCUACUACCCCCACCAGAUGGCAGCAGCGGUAGCUCGCCAGAUGUUCGGCGUCCCUCAGUCCCUCCUCUACCUCACCCAGGCUCAGGCUCCUCCCCAGGCCAACGGGCCCCCCACCCUCCCCCCGUUCUUCCCCACAGGUCCGCCCCCCGUACACCCUUCCCCCUACCUUCACCCUCACAGCCAGGCCGAGGCGCCGUCUCACAUGAUGGCCGCCGCCAACUACGGCCUCCAGCAACAGAUGGCGCAGGCCGGUUCCUUCUCCCAGCGCCUCUACCAGCACGUGUACCCAGGUCACCUGGGGAUGCCGCCCGCCACCCUGGGAGGGGGCGGGAUCAACAAGAAGAACGGCUCGGUGUCUUGCUACAACUGCGGCGUGAACGGACACUUCGCUCAGGACUGCAACCAGUCCACCAUGGACGCCACACAGCAAGGUGGCUUCAGGCUAAAAUACGCAGCGUCCAACAUUUCAGAAGCACUUGACAAUGCUGACUGAAGAAGAGGAAGGAGGAUGGUGAUGGUGAUGAUGUCAUCAUGAUGUGACGGGCCUCUGUUGGUCCCAGGUACAGCAGCGCGUCCAAGCGCCUCUGCACCACCUGCCAAGGGCUCGGCGGACCAAGCCUCAGCAGACGUGCCUGACAGAUCUGUUGUUCCCAUGGAAACGACGCGCAGUCUCCCACAGUCAUGUGACCCCCUCCCCCCCUCUUCAGUUCCUUUGGACAUUUUUGCACUGAGGGUUGGAAAUUAAAUUAUUACUUAAUAGGAAGAUUUUAAGGAUUUUUUUUUUUUUUUUUACUGAGAAAUAAGACUUGAGUCUCUGCUUAAUUGUUCUGAUCCACUUAUUUCUUAAGGAGUCUAUUUAUGUUUUUAUUUUCUUCGCUUGACUUUUAAUUGUUUGGAUGAAUUGUACAGCUGUUUUCACUAACCGGCAAAGAGUCCCGUAGAGCAGAAGGAGGGUUUAUCUUGAAGUUCUCUGCACAGUUUUGAAUGUAAACCUUUUAAUUUAGGAAUCUGUAUAUUUAAGGAUUUAUUUUCAUGGAUAUAUUAAUCGGCUGCGGUGCAGAAUUUCAGGCGAGGAGACCGUCGCUUCUGAGACGUUUUACCGUUUUAAAAUAAGGAAUAUCCGAAUCGUUUGAUUCAGAGAGAAUUUUUCACAGCAGGUUCUUUACUUUGCCUCUGAUCCACACAGAUUAACUGUUGGUUUUCGCUUUUAGUAUAUAAAAGUAUUCCUUUUUUUAUAUAUUAGUUGAUAUUUUAGAUAGAAUGAGAUGUCUGUUUUUAAAAUCACACUAGAAAAAAAAAAAGAAAUAUUUUGUUUUUUUUAUCUGGCAGUUAAAGAUCAACAACUUGAAAAAGAUAAUUGUGUAUUUAUCCCGAAAAGACGUAGAAAGCCACGAAUGUAUUUGCUGCGUUUGAACAAAAGUUGAACUGGUUCAGCCCCUUUUCUCAACCUAAAGCUCCGGUUGGCUGCUUUUUAUAAUCCAACCUUUAUUAUCAGUUUGUUUUUACAGUAAAAUAAAUGAAAAGCUGCCUUCCGCUGAAACCAGCUCCCUGAGAGAAAACCAGACUGUAAAAACUGACCUUUACGUCUCCUUCUGUCAAUAAAGGUUUCUAUUUGACUCCUACAUACAUGACAUCAGAUGUUUCAUCUGAGAGAACGCAAGUUUAGGAAAAACAAGAUAGAAAGUUAAAACUGACCAAUUAAAUAUAUCAGUCUAAAAAUUCAUAAGUACAGAAACAAAUUCCAAAUUUACUAGAACAAAAUGUAUUAAAGAGUGAAUCGCAUUUCCUUGAAAAAUUCGCAAUUUUAUAUGAACUGCAAAUUUGUAAGAAAAAAUAAAAAUAUUUAAAGUUCUUAUAACGAAUUUAGUAGAACAAAUUGCUAAUUUAUUAGCAUGCAUUAAACAUAAGAGAAAAUCGCAACUCUACGAACAAUAAAUGUAAUUGAAAGAAUUACAAAUUCAUAAAGAAUUUGCGAAAAAGAGUCAAACUUUUAAGUGAAAAUUUUAUUAUAUGACCGAAUAUAAUUUAUGAGAAAAGGUCGCAAAUGUAUUACAAUCGAUCAAAAAUUGUAAUGGAGAAAAUCUCCAACCCCGGAUGAUGCUGUUAAACUUCUGACCACUAGGAGGCCGUAACGCUCCUGAACAUUGUUCCUCAACCAGGUUUUAGUUGAUCGUACGCAAAACUGUGUGCUUAAAUAUUUAAAACGGAGAUAAGAAAACUAUCUAUGGAUCAGUUUUGGUAUUUUUCUCGUUUAAUGUUCGUUGAUGAACAUCCGCUGCUUUACUGCCACCAGCUGGUCAGGAGUGUAACAGCUUCAUAUUUACCAUACAAAGCUGUCGCCUCUAAACUCGUGUUUUCCCAGAUGAAACAAAAACCUUAAAUUCUUUUGUUUAUUGAUUUAGAUCUAGAAAUUCAGGCAUCUAUGCGUCGUUUUAAGGUUAUUUUUCCCCGUAUUUUAUUCUGAGGUUGAAUUUUUUUUCUCAUGUAAACCUUGUUAACUGACACUUGAUGAUAUUUUGUUGAUAAACUUGAAAAUCUUUAAUUUGAAGCAACGGCAUCAGCGGUGGUUCUGUGGGACGCCAGGAACAGCGUUCAGCGAUCAAACGUGAGAUUUUUAAAGUGUUACCAGAGAUGACAGAGAAACGGCUGAUGGACAGAAGCUUGACUGUAACCGUAAACCAGCCUGCACUGAUUCCAACCCUGUUCUCUGGGAGGAAGGUUCUAGAAGGUUCU